UUCUGAUGCUAUUUGUGUUGAUGGUGUGUGUUUCUGGUGCUAUAAACUACAUUACAACUUCUGAGCAAUGAACAAUCCUACAUUUGAUGCUGAAUCUACGAUCAAGCCCACCUCUCCAGCCUUGUCUAUUAAAAGUUCCCUUGAAUGUCAACGUAUUCAAAAUCUAAAUAUAAACUCCCACAUCCAAAAUACUCCGAACAACCCAACUUUUGUCAAUAACACCAACCAUAACAAAAACAACCUCAAUAGUGAGAUUAAUGAAGAAAUGACUAACAACAAUCGCAAUGCAAAUUAUUAUAAAGAAAUCCGGCAGGCUUUGGGCAACUUAUCCACCUCAUCAAACACCUUGAACAACAGCUCUAACAAUAGCCACAACAUCAACAAUAAUGAUAACGAGAGUCCAAAUGACCCAUUGAUGGGUCACAGUGAUAUUGAAAACUCAAGCAAGUCCACACCCAAUUUUUUUUCCAGCAGCAAAUUCAUUGUCUUUGUUUCCAAUAUUUUGAAAGUUGUCAAGAAAUAUAUAAAAUUCAUUGGCCCAGGAAUCAUGGUGUCUGUUGCAUACAUGGAUCCAGGCAAUUAUUCAACAGCUGUGGCUGCUGGUGCUCAUUUCAAAUAUAAACUCUUGUUUUCCGUACUAUUAUCAAAUAUAAUGGCUAUUUUUUUACAAAGUUUGUCAUGUAAACUAGGAGCUAUAACUGGUCUAAAUUUAGCUCAAUUGUGUAAAUUGAAUCUACCAUUUUAUUUAAAUAUAUUUGUUUAUGUUUUAACAGAGUUGGCAAUAAUCGCAACUGAUCUAGCUGAAGUGGUUGGUACUGCGAUUGCCUUGAAUAUUCUUUUCAAUAUACCUUUGAUCAUCGGAGUUCUAUUAACAAUUAUUGAUGUGUUGAUUGUUUUAUUGGCGUAUAAACCCAAUGGCCCUUUGUUCAUCAUAAGAAUUUUCGAAUUUUUUGUAACAUUCCUAGUCAUAUCAACUGUAGUGUGCUUUACAGUGGAAUUGUUUGAUGUCUCUAGUUCAAUCACUUCAGUCAAGGAAUUAUUCGAGGGAUUUUUGCCUUCAAAAAUCAUACUUCAUGGUGAUGGUCUUUACUUGAGUUUGGCGAUCUUGGGUGCAACUGUCAUGCCUCACUCCUUAUAUCUAGGCUCUGGUCUAGUUCAAGCACGUCUAAAGGAUUAUGACAUUAAAAACAAUAAUUAUGCCCCUCCCUCUCAAUUCUCUUAUGAUAAUGAUGAAUUAGAUGAAAAUUAUAGACCCUCAAUGAACGCCAUAAAUGAUACAAUUAUCUAUAGCAUAACUGAAUUAAUUAUUUCGUUAUUGACUGUUGCAUUGUUUGUCAAUUCUUCAAUCUUAAUAGUUGCUGGUGCAACUUUAGCUGAUACUCAUAAUAGCAAUGAUCCCUCAAUUGCAGAUAGUGCCGAUUUGUUUUCCAUCUAUGAGUUGUUAUGUACAAAUUUAUCAAAGACCGCUGGCUUUGUAUUUGCUCUUGCUUUAUUGUUUUCUGGUCAAUCUGCUGGAAUUGUUUGUACUCUAGCUGGGCAAAUGGUUUCGGAAGGCUUUUUAAAUUGGUCUUUUCCUCCAGCUUUGAGAAGAUUGAUAACAAGAUCAAUUGCCAUUAUUCCCUGUUUUUUGCUAGUUUUAAUAACUGGCAGGUCAGGUUUAUCAAAUGCUUUAAAUUUUUCUCAAGUUUUGUUGAGUUUAUUAUUACCCAUUGUGUCUGCCCCAUUAAUUUAUUUUACAGCAAAUAAAAAAACUAUGAGAGUGCCAAUAACAAGAAAUGAUAAUGAUUCUAAUGAGUCAAUAAGGUUAUCUGUCAUCAACAACAGUGAAUCUCACAACGAAUCUGAUAAUGAAUCCGAUGUUUCUGACUCAAAUCGCUUACUAAACAAUAUUGAAAAUGAUAAUCAAAUAAUUGGUUAUAAAGAUAUGAGCAAUAGUUUGUUGACUAACAUAAUAUCUGUCAUAAUUUGGUUGUUUAUAACCUCAUUGAAUAUCUACCUUCUAUUCAGUUUUAUUUUGGGUAAAGAUGUUCGAAUCUGAAAAUUUUAAUUCUAUAUUAUUUUUAUUUUUAUUUUUAUUUUAUUUUAUUUUAUUUUAUUUUAUUUUAUC